AUGGUCUCAAAACCUUCAACAAUGAAAGAAACCGGGCAAGCUGAGGACAUAGUGACCUGUGGCAUAUGUCUUCGACACUUUGUUGAUCCACGUUUAUUGCCUUGUAUGCACACAUAUUGUUUUGGAUGCAUACAAAACGCCGCUUCGCGCACUAAAGGUGAUUUUAUCUGUCCUCUGGAUAAAACUAUACUUGAGCGAAAUCAGAUUAAUUCAUUACGAGUUAAUUUUGCUAUUCUCGAAAUACUUCAGUCGCUACCAAAAGUGACAUUAAGAAAUUCACAAAAUCCCAAGCCAGAAGCGUACAAUGAUAGCAUUGAGACUGAAAACACUAAUACUUCAGCCGAAUUUGGUGAUAAUGAGGAUCGACAAAUAUUUAUCACUGAUUUACCGGUAAAUAUGUCCGAACAAAGUCUGUUCGAUACAUUAUUGGAUGAAUUUACAACUGUUGGUGAAAUCAAGAUCGAUCAACAAGCAAAACCAUGUAUUCAUUUGUUUAAAAGAGUAGACAACAAAUACCAAUUGAAUGGCACAGCAGCAAUUACAUUUCAAAAAGAAGAAUCCGUAAAGAAAGCAAUCGAAAAAUGCAACAGAACACGCGUACAAAGUUUAAAUAAUGCUCAAAUUUUUGUUAGGAAAACAGAAGUGACAAAUAAUAGAAAACUCGCGCCAACGCCGCCAUCAGCACCAUCAUCGAAAACCUCAGGAUCAAAACCAAACAGUCCGCCCAAGUCAAUUGAAAUAAAGAUUUGGGUUCAAUUUGAAGGAUGUCCGGCAACAAGAGAAACAUUGGAUUGCACUUCCAUCAUUGAUGAUCUAACAAGAGUGGCACUCAACAGAGAAGGCCGCAAAAAUGAAUAUCAAGCACAUUAUCGAAAUCGGGACCUAGGGCCUGGAGAACCAGUUCCAUCGGAUACGGAGAGUGAUCGUCCAAUUGUAUUAAGAAAAAUAACCAAACUUCUGCCAAAAGAUCCAAAUCCAUCCGGAUCAAAAUCAGAUACACUAAAAGAUUAUCAUAUUGUUAUUGAUAAUUCAAAUGUGUUUCUUGGUGCUCAAACAAUACGUAAUGAAAAAACUGGAGUGCCUCACAUGAAUCUAGCUAUUCGUGUAGAUGUUAACAAUCUUGCAAAAGUACUUGAAGGGGAUAAAGUAAGCAUAAAUGUAAGAACACGUGUUGUUGGUGGAAGUAAACCACCGGAAAAGGCACUUUGUUGGACAAAAUGGGAAUCUUGUGGUUAUAAAUGUAUACUGGGAGAUCGGUCGAUGAAAAAUAAAGUGAGUCGUAUUGUUGACAAUUAUUAUAUUAAAAUAUUGGUUCUUUUUGUUCUAGGAAAGCCUCGUGGACGAUAUGCUACACGCUCAAAUUCUUAA